AUGGCAACCAUAUCUCUAUCGUCCUCUCAUGACCCCUUCUCCGCCAUGUCGACAAGCACGAGACGGACUCCCUUGUCCAACAAUCCCAAUGUUGCCAACUCACCAUUGCGAGGUGCUUCGACUUUGGCCCAGGCCAAGCAAAAGCGUUCCCAUGCCACCAUCCAACGUGAGGAGUUGUACGGCCAACCUCCCCCAUUGAAGAAACAGAUGCUUGAUGGUGGUUCCCAACGUCAGCUUCGUUCUCCCUCCAAACUCAGUGUCAACAGGACGCUUCCCCAGCGUAUUACUCGCUCGACUACAUCUACUACUACCACGUCAGCCACUACCAGUGUAAAACCCGUUCAACAUGCCCCCCUGCAACACGAUGCGAAUAUCGAAAGGAUCCGCCAAUGGCAGAACGAGUACCUUGCUCGUUUCCCCAAAAUGGUCUUUUACUUUGAGAGCAUCUCGGAAGAUCUUAGGGCCAAGUUGUCGAAACAGGCUACUAGUCUGGGUGCUCGUGAGGAACGAUUUUUCUCGAACAACAUCACGCAUGUUGUCACGACCCGGCCGGUUCCGACCGAACAGGAUAUUGCUCAGGCAGCCCUUCGCGAAGAGGCCUGCCCGGAAGAGCAGCCUCAAACAAUCAACCCAUCUCUUCUCCUCGAUCGCUCAACAGACCCAAGGCGCCGUUUGUUCGAUACGGCUUCGAGACGUGCUCAUCCCCACCCUCAAGACGACGGCGUUCGGCGCCCCAGGACUGUCCGGAACAAUGACAUGCUCUUCAAAGCCCGUGAAAUGGGAAAGAAGAUCUGGCCUCUCGAGAAAUUUCAGAGAAUGCUGGAUAUUCUACUGCAGCCGGAUCCGUACGCUGCUGUACAAGGCGUCAGGGGAGACGCAACCUCCCGUCACGCCCUAGGCAGUAGAAGGCCGGGUGAGGAGCCCAAGUUGUCCAAGCUUCUACAGCACGAACGUCUCAAUGGUCCCUCAGACCGUGAUCCGACUGUUGCCACCCGGGAGCUGGUUCACUUCAAGGGCCCUCACAUCUAUGUCUACGAUAUCGAUGAGAAGCAGAAGCCCAUCAUGGUGAGAGAAUACCCAAGGGUGAACCAGAAAUACGAAGGCGAAUGGCCCCAGUUCCGUACGGUCACCGAAGGUCGGUGUCCCUUUGUCGAGGAAGUCAGCCCCCAGGAUAGGGAGUCUCGAAUGGCCCGGGCGCAAGAAAAGGAACGUGCAGCCAACAAACGGGCUGCCGAGUCUCGUGCGACCGCCGCACCCUUGCAGUCUCGUGAGCCGACAGCUCCCAAGCCCGUCAUCGGCGCGAAGCGCACCCUGGGCGAGAUGCAGGACGGCCCCAACCUCGCAGCCCGCACCGAGGUCAAGCCGGCUGAAAUGAUAUUUCAGCCGCUCAAUCUCAAACAGGCCGACGCCGCCCCUCAAACGGGGUUCACGAGUCGAGCGCCAGCUGGCCGUCUCUUGGCGGGCGAGCCGGUCGCGUCGGGUGUUCAGCCGUCGAACAUCACUUCGGCCAUCCGGUCUCAGAUGAUCUCGUCGGCGUCCGGCAUUGGUGCCGCCAAGGCAGGAACGAGCAAGGAAGUACAUGGGCUUCAGCGACAAGUUCUUCAACGCGGCGCCUCCAACUCGCACGAGAUGAGCUCUCGUCGGCCUGAGUUGAGCCUGGAUGUCGCAUCUAGCAGAUCGACGGGCACGACUCGCGCCACGAGCCGUAAGCUGGAACUCAUCGAGGAGGACGCCGGGAAGGGCGGCGGCGAACUGAAAAAUGCUCGCACCACCAAGAUGCAAACAGCAGCUCCUGCACAGAAGAGCAAACGUGAUCUCAAGCCUGGCUACUGUGAGAAUUGCCAGGAUAAGUUCAGGGACUUUGACGAGCAUAUCCUCUCUCGCAAGCAUCGCAAGUUUGCCGAAAACGACGAGAACUGGUGCGAGCUGGACGAGCUGUUGGCACAGCUAAAGCGGGUUCCCAAAUUCAAUUUCGGUGACAUGGAGGAUAUCCAUCGGUAG